UGAACACAGCUGUGUAUAAAGUUGCCUAUUGUUGGAUGGUUCCAAUUAGAUGUCAGUUGUGGUAAACAAGAUUCUCCUCGAUCCUAUCCUAUAAGAUAGCCUGCUGUAUAGAUGGCAGUGAAAACAGUUCGCUUCUCGCUCUACGGGAUGAAUUGAAGGAGGACAGAGAGAAACGUCAGCGUGAUUAUGUGAAGAAAAAUCAAUAGACCCAGUGGCGAAACAUCUGAUUCACACAGAGAAGAAACAAGGCGUAACGAAACAAAAACAAAUGCGUAGCAGCGUUCACGAAAGAUGCCCAGUUCUUCGGUCCAGACUGCACCUCCUCCACCUGCGGAAGUGACGGUUAAGUGUAAGAUAAACUGAACACGCCAAAAAAAGAUAGAGAAAUAGGAGAGCAGCAGCAGAAGCAGCAGCAGCGGUCAUGGAUAAAGGCGAGCCGUCCAGAAAGUCCAACGACUCGGAGGGAGAUGGCGAGAGGCCGUUCAAGAAGGCCAGGUACGUGUGGCAGCUGAAAGGCAAAUAUCAUCUUAAAGACAAUAACCAGAAGCAGGCAACCAGCAUGGAUGAUGCAGAGGACACCACACUCGAGGAGCCAGAAAGCCAAAGCGAUUCAGAUUCUGAAGUUGAACCCGCAUUGAUUAACAACAAUAGCAUCAAGAUUCCUACAGCUUUCUACGAGAAGUGCUGCAUUGACAAUUUACUGAUCCAAUCGAAUGCGCUGUUGGACACAGUGCAGGAGGAUUCGGAUCAGGAGUGUGCAAACAAUAUCGAUAAGUCUAUUCUGGAUGAGAUCCCGAUCACUCUAGUUAAACCGAGUCUCAGGAAUCAGGAUGAUUACAUGUACGAAUGGCAGGCCAGACAAGUUGCUAAGAGUUUUGUAGAUAAUACGAUAAAUAGUAUAUUGGAGCAUUGGAGGAUAGCCGCUUUCGACGUCGAAGAUUUCGUGGAGGAUUGCGAGAAUGGUGAGCAGGUGGAGGAUGAGGGCAUCCUGAUGGCUAUACAAUCGCACGGGUUGCAGUCGGGACCACGGUUCGAGCCACCUGAGGUCGUGCAGGCACCACGGGAGAUGCCAGUACAUCCGAGCGCGGAUCCUAUGCAUUUCCUUAAUACCGCCAUCUCAGCAGCAAUCCAGAAGAAAGGCCUGUCCUCCAAUUGAUAACCCAACACUACUUUAAGUUGUUUUAUUUUUUUUUUUCAUAUCUUUGUAUAAGACUGGACGCAGGAGGAAAAAUACAAUCGUUACGAAUAUUUUGAAAAAAAUAUUUUUUUGAUAUAAGAGAGAAAACAUCAUAUAUAUAUUAAUAA